CAAGUCAAAAGACUAACGGUGUUAACAAAACAACGAACAAAUAACGGAGAAUCUAACGGCGUGUAUUACCACCUGGUACUGGUACGAGAAAGAGCAUCAUAUGAAAAGAACCACCGAGAAACACCUGAGUAGUGAGUGAGUGAACGAGUGAGUCAAUAUUAGUCAACACCACACACACACACACACACACUUCACACACAAACCGUGCUUUUUCCUAAAACCCCCAAAUUCGUUUCACUUUUCUAACAAACAAAUUCUCUAGAAGCUUCUAACUCACCAUGGCUGAGCAUCGAGUCACCGAAGCUCUCCCAAAAGAAAAUUGUUCGGAAACUAACGAUGAACAAAAAACUCAAGAGAUAAAAAAGGAACGAGUCACUGAAUCACCGCCUGCCACCGAGUCGAAGAAAGACGAUUUACCUAGUUCUAUUGAACAACCGAUUGAGCACAAUUCAGAAACCCUAAUUGCUUUUCCAUCUCCGGUUUUGCAGAAUCAAAGUUUCGUCGCAGAUUUGCAAGGGAGCCCUAAUACGAUGAAUUCGAGCGUUAAAGCUGAAAAUAAGGAAACGGUUGGACCUCCUGAAAAGGAAAUUACUGCAAGACAAGAAGCCCAAACACCUCCAACUCAGACUGGAAAUCAGCUUCCAUCGACUGUGUUUUCACCUCCAAAUUCUGUUACAAACUCUUUAUCAUCUGUUCCUAGUCCAACCAUAGGAAUAGAGAAAAUUUCUACUCCAAAUGUUAGUAACAUGCUUGUGCCAGCAGGCAAAAAAAAUCUUUCUGGUGCUAAACCCUUAUCUUCUGUUACUGUUCCAAGGACACCAUCAUCUGAUGGAUACAACUGGCGGAAAUAUGGUCAGAAGCAAGUUAAGAGUCCUACUACAAGUUCUCGAAGCUAUUACAGGUGUACUCAAUCAAACUGUUGUGCUAAGAAGAUUGAAUGCUGGGAUCAUUCAGGUCAUGUGAUAGAGACUGUUUAUAGAAGUGAGCACAGUCAUGAUCCCCCACGGAAGAUAAAUUCUGUUAGGGAAAGCAAGUUAGCACCUUCUAUUGAACCUACUGCACAGAACAGUGUUUUAGUUAAGCCCGUCAAUGUUCUGAAAGAAUCCGACCCAUCCACAUCUUCCAAAGCUCAAGAAGAAGCACCUUGUGGUACUGACAAGAAACCACAAAACUCAUCAAAUAUCAAUGGUAAUGGUAAAGUUAUUUUGAAGGAGGAACAUCUUGACGAGCCAGAGCCAAAGCGAAGAAAGGAGAAAGACGACUUAAUUCACUCAGAUUCUCCCGUAAAUCCUGGAAAGAAACCCAAGUAUGUUGUACAUGCAGCAGGAGAUGUGGGGAUAUCAGGUGAUGGAUACCGAUGGCGCAAAUAUGGACAAAAAAUGGUGAAGGGUAAUCCACAUCCCAGAAACUACUAUAGAUGCACUUCUGCUGGAUGUCCUGUCCGGAAGCACAUUGAGACUGCUGUAGACAACUCAGAUGCUGUCAUCAUAACUUACAAGGGUGUACAUGAUCAUGACACUCCUGUGCCCAAGAAACGACAUGGCCCACCAAGUGCUCCUCUUGUGGCCGCAGCAGCACCUGUCUCCAUGAACAAUUUGCAGUUGACUAAACCGGACUCGCCACAAAACGAGAAAGUUUCUACUAAGUGGUCAGUAGGCAAAGAAGGAGAACUAACUGGGGAAGCCAUGGAACUAGGGGGUGAGAAAGCAAUAGAAUCGGCUAAAACCCUUCUGAGCAUAGGUUUUGAAAUUAAGCCUUGCUGAAUUCAUCUUUCAUAAACCAUGCAGUUGUAAUAUAAAAAUCAAUUAGCUGGUCUCUUGUAAUUUCACAGCUUCCUGUGUUUAUCCUUUAUUUAUUUUUUUCUUGGUUUUCUUCUUAUGCAGUCUUUAGCGGAACAGUUUGUGUUGCAUUUAUUUGCUUGUACAUCCGUUCAGCUUGUCUGAAACAGUUUGCUAGUAGUUGAACAAAUAUAGAAUUGAUUGGCAUAAUCCAUUUUCAUGGUACUAGAGGACAAUUGUAGUA